UUUGGGGUGGGGGCCGGGGUGAGCGCAAAACCGGCCCAUGACCCGUGUCUUCGGGCGCGCAGGGCAGGAUGUACACGCUGCUGUCCGGCCUGUACAAGUACAUGUUCCAGAAGGACGAGUACUGCAUCCUCAUUCUGGGCCUGGACAAUGCUGGCAAGACGACGUUUUUGGAACAGUCAAAAACCCGGUUUAACAAGAACUACAAGGGGAUGAGUCUGUCCAAAAUCACUACCACCGUGGGUCUGAACAUCGGCACUGUGGACGUAGGGAAGGCUCGCCUUAUGUUCUGGGACUUAGGGGGCCAGGAAGAGCUGCAGUCUCUGUGGGACAAGUACUACGCAGAGUGUCACGGCGUCAUCUAUGUCAUCGAUUCCACGGAUGAGGAGAGGCUGUCAGAGUCCAAGCGAGCGUUUGAGAAGAUGAUCACAAGUGAGGCGCUGGACGGCGUCCCCAUCCUGGUGCUGGCCAACAAGCAGGACGUUGAGGACUCCUCUAGGCAGAGAAGCCCUGAACCCAGCCCUUCACUGCCAAGACCACGUCCUGCCCUAGGAGCAGGGCGUUUCCUGCAGUGCCUGGGACCCCACUCCUCACUGCUUCGCCUUCCCCCAGACUUGCCUCUCAAUCCCCGACAUCAAGACUGCGUUCAGCGACUGCACCUCGAAGAUCGGCAGGCGUGACUGCCUGACCCAGGCCUGCUCGGCCCUCACAGGCAAAGGGGUGCGCGAGGGCAUCGAGUGGAUGGUGAAGUGCGUCGUGCGGAACGUGCACCGGCCGCCGCGGCAGAGGGACAUCACGUAGGCAUGGCUGGCACCCGGUGGUGCCCGCGACUCAUCCCUGAGUGCCAGAGGAGCGCUCCUGCUGGCUCCCUGCCACCAGUCCUGGGGGUUGGGUUUGCUUUGCUCUCGGUUUCUUCAUUUGCUUUGUUUUAUCUUUAAGACAAACUUUUCCCUGUGUCCAUACAAGCGUAGGUAUCGGAAGGCUUCUGCUGAGGGGAGUCGGGGCAGCAGGACCCCCACACGACCCCUGCUGGGGAUGAGGUCUCCCUUUGGAGCUGCUGCCCCGGCAGCCCUGCCUGCCUUUUGCGGGGGGUCCUGUCUGGAAACAGGCUUCCCUGGUGCUGCCCCAUGCAGCUUCCCACGGAGGCGGCUGUUGGGGUCGUGAUUCUUCUGUCUCUGCCCUCUGUGGCCCUGGAGAUGGGGUGGGGGCUGGUGUCCUCUUGAGAGAGGGAGACCUGGCCGUCUUUGCUGGGGGGCAGCAGGGCCCGGGGUUCUGGGCCUUCAGAACAGGGCACGAGGAUCUUCCAUUGGCCUGACAUCACCUCCUUUUGAUCCCCAGCAGGAGGGGAAGGAGGGAGUUUCUCCACGUGUGUCUGUUGCUGACCUGGGACACCCGGUUGCCAUCGUGGGGCGUGCACGGUGGGGGCUUUGGGAAGGUGGGCUGGGUUCCCGUGGAGCCCAGGUUGGUUCUGUGCUGGGCCUUCAUUCCCAGCUGGGGGAGAGGGGCGGGGUCCCUCUUCAGUCUGGGGACAAGCUAUUUCGAAACCCACUUCCAGGCCUGUGCCUGGUAACGGGCUCCCCGGGUGAGACUGGUCCUCGGGACCCUCCCCACAUGGCCCCUGCUGGAGCUGGCACUGACUGCUGGCCACGGUGUGUCUAGAAUGACGGGUCUGAGCUGCUGUCCAUCGCCCCUCCAACACAGUGACCACAACACAGAGGCACCCAGGGUCGAGCUGUGACCUUCGUGGGCACUGCCUGCCUGCUCAUGGGGAUGGCUGAGCCAGAGCUAGGGACCUGGUGGUUUCCUGUCCGAGAUCCAGUCUCUGGUGGGAGCCUGGGAGGGGUUGCUGAGAAGGCUGAGUCAAGACGGGGUGGGGGGGGGCGGGGAACGCAGCUGCAGGUGAGGUGACUCACGGGGAGUCAUGGGCUCCUCGUGGGGGUCAGGCAUGGGGUCUAGAGCCCAUUGGGCCGGCCAGGAGUCCCCCAGGCUGCUCUGGAGUAGUCCAGCCCUUCUCUGAGCCUGCCUGAAGGGAAAAGCCUUGUUUCCCAGAAAAGGAGUGGGACGCACCCAGCCUGGGGGAGGUCCUUGGCGGGUCCCCCUCCUGGGAAAUCCCCUGCAUGCUGGGACUGGGUGGAGCUCAGAUGGAGGGGCAGGGUGAGAGGGAAGGGUCUCCUGGUGGCCCAGGGCACAGGCUUCUGCUGUUCUGUCCAAGCUGGGUUCUGUUGCACAGCAGGAGCCCCCCACAUUGUCAGAGCCACAGAGCGUGACCUAGGGGGUCAUGGAGCCAGCCUCGGGGACCUCCACGGGGCCCCCAACUGGAAGGGACACACCUGCUACCCGCUGGCCAUCUAACAAGCCCUCCUGUCGAGGGUGUGUCCCACGGGGGGUGACCAGCAGCCAGAGGAAGCAUGGGGAGCUUGAGAGCCCACCCGGGGCGGUGUCCCCACCAGAUGUGCCUGCCAUGCACUCUGUAGACAGUUUCACACCCAUUGUACAAAACGGCUUUAUAAAAAAUAAACUGUUAGCGCAA